AUGGGUGAUAGUCUCGAGCCCCAACGGCUGAUAGACCGUCUUGGCGAGCUGUUGACGGCGUGGGCGAGGGAUGGAGGCUCCUCCGAGCUUGCGGCGCAGCUUGUGGAGGUGUACUGGAGUUUCAUGCGGGCGGUGCAUCACGAUCUUGUGCUGAAGGAGCCCCAGGGCGCCGCCUUGGCCACCGCAGCCUGCAUUCCUGUGUGGGAGAUGCUGCACUUAUACGGCGGUUCCUUCGGCGGCAUCAGUGGGGCAAGUAGGGCGUUUGUCGUGGGCCUCCUGACGGCCCUGUACCCCAAGACGAGGGAUCGUCGCUGCCUCUUCCAGCACUUGGGCUGCGUUGGCGGCUUGGGGUCCCCGCGCGUUCCGCUCGCCAACCGCCUUCCCAUGUGGGCGGAGGUGAUGCGGUGGACAAGCGACGAACGCCCCGUGCCGGGCGCCUACGGCGAGGUUGUGGCGUACGUCCAAAACACGGUGUCAGCCGAAGAGUGCAUUCUCAGCCGCACCUCCUGCAACAGUUUGAAGGCGAAAAUAAAACUGCUGAUGGAAGACGUCUUGCCGCACUGUCACUUUGUUGCGGGGGACGCCGAGGCAGCGUCGGUCGCCGCGGCGCAUCCAGCCGCGGUUGUGAUCUCCACCAGUGGCGAGCCCUCUGCGUCGAUGCGGUCACAGGAGGUCCUGAAGCAGACCGUGUGGAAGUAUUUGAUUCUUCUGCAUGUUUACCUCCCCGAGGAGCGAAGGGCGCUGGGUAACUUUCUUACCACCUCCGCCUGGGCUCAGCAGCGCGUGCGUCUUCCGGACGAUUCGAUGGUGACGUACGCCGCCCUUAUGGCUCCCGUCGUCCAUGAGGCGGCGGUGUGUGCCUCGCUUAUGCCCUCCGUCGCGAGUGACGCCGCGGAUAACGCCCCGCUUCUCCACCCACGCGUGCUGGACGUGCUGCUGCCAAAGCCAAAGGCAACCCGGGAAUUUGCACCGCCGCCGGAGGAUUUGACCAAGGCCUUUGUCCCCGACAAGAUACAGAAAAGGUGCGUUAGCGUUGCCCGUACCACGGUGGCUGCUGUGCGGGAGCUGCUUGAGGAGUCCAUUCCGCAAGAAAUCGCAUUUGCGGGGGAGAGUACGUCGUGUCGCGAUUGCGACAAACUAACUCAGUUCUGUCGAGAUGUUCUCUUCUCACCCGUCGCACAGCACACCGCUGCCGGUGGUGCUGCUGCUCUCUCUCCCCGAGCCAUGAGGUGCAUGCUGUUUGACCGGAAGCGGAGACGCGACGACGGGUUUUACGAAGGCCCCGUGUUUUUGCCCGUCGCCUCCAGCCUGUCGGGGGUGCUUGACGAGAAGGCCGCGAACCAGCCACUUUCUGCGCUGGAGCGUAUUGUAACAGCUUUUGACUCGCUCCGAUGA